UUUUUUAGGUCAUAAUCAUUCUAGCAUACUUUGGAGGGCUUCGUAAUGUGGAUUGUGGAGUUGAUGGACCUUCAAAUUGAGAAGAUGGUGAAAAAGAAUGAUGGGAUGCUUGUAACACAUUGUAGGUCGAAACAGCGCUCAGACAAGAAGGAAACCAAGUUCCUAGUUCCUAACGAUGGGCCAGUAAAUUUUGCAGCUGUUAUUGAUGAUUAUCUGAACGUGAUUAUAUGUAGCCUUGGUCAUUUCAGGGGUCGUGUAUUUUUUAAGGGUACUCCUGCUGCAUAUGCUGACCAGCAUAUGGGGAAAAAUCUUGUAAGUAAAGUGCCAUGUAAAAUGGCAACAGUUCUUGGUCUAGAUAAUCCAGUAUCUUUUACAUUUCAUUCUCUACGACGCUUGUCCGCCGCAGCAGCAGCUGACAGCGGAGCAUCCGUUCAACAGCUUAUGGAUUUUUAUGGAUGGUCUAAUCCGAGCAUGCCUCAAGAAUGUGUAUCAUCCAGCAAAGCUUCUGUAAAAUCAAUGGCUGAUAAACUUCAAGGACCUUCUAAUCAAGUAGAAAAAACAGAGGUUAGCGAAGUCAGUAUAGAGAAUAUUGAAACAUGUUCCUCAGCUUCACCUCCUCAGAGUAGAAAGCCCUAUAUGUGAUUCAAAAUGCAGACAAAAUAAUAAUUAUCGAACAUUUUCAUGGGAACAACUUUACAAUGUAAUUAUGUAAACCCGAAAAGAAUGAUGAAAUAUAAUAUAUUUGAUGACAGCUCAGUAAAGCUGUAUGUACAUGUUUUGAUCUUUCCUAGAUCAAAUAUUAAAC